AAAACCUUCUGAAUACACAAAUGUAGACACCAGGCUUAAACUGACUGGGAGGUGAGUGGCGUGCAGAAGCUGAGCGCAUGCAUGUGAGUGACGCCGUGCGCCAGCAUCCGCUCUCCCCUGCAGCGGCUCUCAGUGUCUCUGGACUCCUAUUGAUGAGAGACAGAGGAAAUCAAGCAAGUUAAGAAGCACAGAAAUAUAACGCUCUAUGCUGCACUGCUUUUUUUUUUUUUUGUUAUUAUUAAAGCGAGGAAGAAAUACCUGGAGGGACACAGAAGUCUCAUAUUUGGCUCCAACCUGCCGAGUGGUUCUCUCAGCGUGCUGAGGAGCGGGGAUGGAGAACAACAUGACUGACUGUGAAGAGGGAGAAGGGGGACCCACCAGCCAGGGCGAUGGACAUCCCAAAGAGAGCAGUCCUUUCAUCAACAGCUGUGCAGCCUCGGAUAUGGAAAAGAGCCAGCAAUACGAAUGCAAGAGCAUGGCUCUGUUUGAGGAGGAGAUUGAUACCAGUCCAAUGGUGUCCUCUCUGCUCAGCUCUCUGGCCAACUACUCCAACCUGCCGACCGGCAGCAAAGAGCAUGAAGAGGCUGAGAAUAAUGAGGAGGGGGCUCGGCCGUCUAAAAAACCCGUAAAGGCCCCCCAGCUGGGCACUCUGAUGGGAGUCUACUUGCCGUGCAUCCAGAAUAUUUUCGGAGUGAUCCUCUUCCUGCGGAUGACAUGGAUGGUCGGGAUUGGAGGAGUCUUCGGCUCGUUCAUAAUUGUCUUUAUGUGCUGCUCUACGACCAUGCUCACAGCCAUUUCUAUGAGUGCCAUUGCCACAAAUGGGGUCGUACCAGCUGGAGGUUCGUAUUAUAUGAUCUCUCGCUCCCUGGGGCCGGAGUUUGGUGGAGCUGUGGGGAUUUGCUUCUACCUGGGAACCACCUUUGCUGGAGCCAUGUAUAUACUGGGUUGUAUUGAAAUUCUGCUGAUUUACAUUGUUCCACAGGCAGCCAUCUUUAAGAUUGAGGGCCUGGAGGGUGCCGAGGCAGAGAUUGCUCUCCUCAAUAACAUGCGGGUGUACGGGACCAUCGUGCUGAGCUUCAUGGCCAUAGUGGUGUUUGUAGGGGUCAAAUAUGUCAAUAAGUUGGCCCUCGUCUUCUUGGCCUGCGUCAUCUUAUCUAUUUUGGCCGUUUACGUUGGAAUCGUCAAGACAGCCCUUGAGCCUCCCGUCUUUCCUGUUUGUCUCCUUGGAAAUCGAACGCUUCUCUCCAAAUCAUAUGACGUUUGUGCAAAGGUCAUUGAAAUAGACAAUGAGACGAUCACCACCAAAAUGUGGCGGUCAUUCUGUGAUUCUGAUUCCCUCAACGCCACAUGCGAUGAAUAUUUCAUCAACAACAACGUCACAGAGAUACAGGGCAUUCCUGGGGUCACCAGUGGGAUCCUUGCAGAGAACCUGUUUGGAAACUAUCUGGAAAAGGGCAUGAUCUUGGAGAAGCGUGGAAUUGCAUCCAACGUGGAUCCUGACGUUCCUACUACCAACGCCAACCGCUACGUCCUGGCCGACAUCACCAGCUUCUUCACCCUGCUGGUGGGGAUUUAUUUCCCAUCUGUCACAGGGAUCAUGGCUGGCUCAAACCGCUCUGGAGAUCUACGCGACGCUCAGAAGUCCAUCCCAAUUGGCACCAUCGCAGCCAUCACCACCACCUCCAUUGUGUAUAUGUCGUGUGUGGUUCUGUUUGGUGCGUGUAUAGAAGGAGUAGUACUAAGAGACAAGUUUGGUGAAGGGGUCAAUGGCAACCUGGUGAUCGGAACGCUGGCUUGGCCUUCUCCUUGGGUCAUUGUGUUUGGCUCUUUCUUCUCCACCUGUGGCGCAGGACUUCAAAGUCUCACCGGAGCUCCACGUCUUCUUCAAGCCAUCUCCAGAGACGGCAUCAUCCCAUUUCUCAGAGUUUUUGGACAUGGUAAAGCCAACGGAGAGCCAACCUGGGCGCUGUUAUUAACCGCUAGCAUCUGUGAGAUCGGUAUCAUCAUUGCCUCCCUGGAUUCAGUAGCUCCCAUCCUCUCAAUGUUUUUCUUGAUGUGCUACAUGUUUGUCAAUCUUGCCUGUGCCCUGCAGACUCUGCUGAGGACACCAAACUGGAGGCCACGCUUUAAAUUCUACCACUGGGCUCUGUCUUUCCUGGGUAUGAGCCUGUGUCUGUCGCUCAUGUUCAUCUGCUCCUGGUUUUACGCCAUAAUCGCCAUGGGCAUCGCCACCUGCAUCUACAAAUACAUUGAGUUCUGUGGAGCUGAGAAGGAGUGGGGUGAUGGCAUACGAGGGAUUUCACUCAGCGCUGCACGAUUUGCUCUGAUGAGGCUGGAGGAGGGGCCGCCACACACCAAAAACUGGAGGCCUCAGAUCCUGGUGCUGGUGAGCAUGGAUGCUGAGCAAAAUGUGGAGCAGCCCCGCCUGCUCUCUCUGACCAGUCAGCUUAAAGCAGGCAAAGGUCUGACCAUUGUAGGUACUUCUGUUCAAGGAACCUUCCUCGAUAGUUAUACUGAAGCCCAGCGUGCAGAUCAGUCUUUGCGUAAGCUGAUGGAGACAGAGAAGGUGAAGGGUUUCUCUCAGGUGGUCGUCUCCUCCAACAUAAGAGAUGGGACGUCACACCUGAUCCAGGUUGGAGGACUCGGGGGUUUAAAACAUAAUACUGUGAUGGUCAGCUGGCCUCAGAACUGGAAGCAGCCCCAGUGCUACCAGCAGUUCAAGAACUUUAUCGAGGUAGUUAGAGAGACGACCAUAGCGAGUUUGGCCUUGUUGGUUCCUAAGAAUAUCUCCAGUUAUCCAUCCAAUGGAGAGCGCUUCACUGAAGGCCACAUAGACAUGUGGUGGAUUGUCCACGACGGAGGCAUGCUGAUGCUUCUGCCCUUCCUACUCCGCCAACAUAAGGUGUGGAGGAAGUGCAAGAUGCGUAUUUUCACUGUGGCACAAAUGGAUGACAACAGCAUACAGAUGAAGAAAGACCUCAUCACCUUCCUCUAUCACCUGCGCAUUGAUGCAGCUGUAGAAGUGGUGGAGAUGCUUGACAGUGACAUCUCAGUUUACACCUAUGAGAAGACACUGGUAAUGGAGCAAAGAUCUCAGAUCCUCAAACAGAUGCAUCUGACAAAGAACGAGAUGGAGAGAGAGAUCCAAAGUAUUACUGAUUCAUCCCGGGGAUCAAUCCGUCGCAAAAAACCCUCAACUUUGCACCCCCAGCACAGCACAGAGGAGGGGAUCAGCCUGACAGAAAAACCAGAUGAUAAGUCUGAGGCUGUCUCCAACCCAAAACAGGUCCGCCUGAUCCAAAGUAAGAACGCAGCCACACCCACCAGCCCCACCAGCCCCACCUCGCCUGAUGCCACGCUUGCAGGAGGCGCUACCACCUGGAGGGACAGCAAGGGUCCAAAUAAGGGCUCAACAGAGACAUGCAAAGACCCCCUCAGCAUGAAGCCGGAAUGGGAGAACUUGAACCAGACGGAUGUGAGGCGCAUGCACACGGCGUUGCGUCUGAAUGAGGUCAUCACAAAGAAAUCCAAGGAGGCCAAACUUGUCUUGCUCAACAUGCCGGGACCGCCAAAGAACCGAACCAAUCAAACAAAUCCCAUGCACAACGCCGUGUACAAGGACUACCCCUUCUUCGCUGACAUACAGGUCAUGAUAUUCCUUGGCUUCGGAUGCUUGCUGGCUUUUUUCCGACUCUACGGCUUUGGUGGGAUGGUUUUUAACUUCCUGACCGCUACCUUUGCCAUCCAGUGGGCCAUCCUGGUGCAGGGCUACUUCCAGUUCUACCACAACGGGAAGAUCCACAUCGGAGUCAUCAAUCUGAUAAAUGCAGAGUUUGCCUGUGCGGUGGUCCUCAUCUCUUUCGGAGCGGUGCUGGGGAAGACCAGCCCGCUGCAGCUGCUGGUCAUGGCUCUGUUUGAGGUGCCGGCGUUCGCGGUCACAGAGUGGGUCGUUCUGAAGUAUCUGCGGAUCAACGAUGCAGGAGGGUCCAUUCUCAUCCAUCUCUUUGCCUGUUAUUUUGGACUGGGCGUGACGUUUGUGCUGUACAGGCCGGGUUUAAACGAGGGCCACGUUAAGGAGAACACCAGUUACCACUCUGACAUCCUGUCUGUGAUGGGCACCUUGUUCCUCUGGGUGUUCUGGCCCUCGUUCAACUCAGCACUGACCCACAAAGGAGACGACCAGCACAGGGCCAUCCUUCACACCUUCAUCGGCCUCAGCGCCUCCACGCUCACCGCGUUCGCUCUGUCUGCGAUGCUGAACAAAAAGGGAAAGUUCACCAUGGCGGAUAUCCAGAACGUGACUCUUGCUGGAGGAGUAACCGUCGGGGCAUCUGUGGAUAUGAUGAUAUCACCUGCGGCUGCGUACGUGCUGGGCAUGAUGGGCGGCACGGCCUGCAUGCUGGGCUACAAGUACCUGAGUCCAUUUUUAGCACAACGCUGCAGGAUCCAAGAUCAGUGCGGCAUACACAACCUGCACGGACUAACGGGACUUAUUUCAUGCGCAGCGGGGAUAUGCGCCAUUCUGAUCGCGGACGAGGAGGUUUACGGCCCCAGUUUGUAUGAGAUCUUUGCUCACAGAGCUCCAGCGGAGGGGGACCCAAAGCUGCAGGAGCUAAAGACGCUGAUUCCAGGUUUACAACAGGGUUUGGGAAGGACCGCGCGGGAGCAGGCUCUCUUCCAAGUUGCUGCAGUGUUUUCCACAAUAGGACUGUCCGCACUGGGGGGGAUCCUGACAGGUUAUGUGUUGAAGCUACCUUACUUUGCAUCUCCUUCCGAUGGGUUCUGUUUUGAUGAUGUGCUGUUUUUUGAAGUUCCCCCAGAUUACGAUGCACCGCUUAAACACAACUAUAAAAUGACUGCAGAGGAUUCUCCAGAUGCUCAGCAUCAAAGAGUUUUCAUCCAAUUAGGGGACAAUAAUGUGGCCUAACUUGGUCUUUUGAACUGAUUGAAGUUGUGUUGGUGCUGUGUGAUUCACCAACUGUUAAAUACGUGUUUAUAUCCAUUGCACUGUAAAAAUCUUGAUGA